AUGAACCCUUUAACCUUAGAAAUCACCAUUAAAUCCGCCGAAGUUUUCAAGAAGUACGUACUUUGCGUCGGCAAAAUGCAGCUAUACGCCACCGCGCACCUUGUCGGCGGCGACCGAAACUCCGCCGAGUGUCGAACCCACGUCGACGAGUACCGCGGCUCGCGCCCAAUUUGGUGGAUUCUCGCGAGUUUCCGCACCCACGAAUCCGAGGUUCGCAACAGCAACGUCGUCUUGGUUUUCGAAGUCAAGUGUAAGAAGAACGUGGGGCCCGACAAAUGUGUUGGCACAACCUACGUGCCGAUAAAACAGUUUUUUGAUCAAUGUGUGAGCCAAGGCUUCCAAUACCAAGAUGUGGCUCUUGGGAUUAGUUCGAAAUUGGGGAAGCCACGAGGUGUUCUGUAUCUUUCCUAUGUUUUUACGGCUUAUAAUUUUCUUAAUUUUCCGCGCCUUUACGUGCCAUCUGCCCCUCCGAUGUUCCGUGCUUUAGAUUUGGUGCAAGAAGAUAGAGAUUAA